AUGCUUAUACACUCGCGACAGGCCGACGUAGUGUACCGUGGAAACACUACCAAACCUAUCGAAGACGGCACAGCUAUGGCCCCAACCACAAGCGACACCAGUGACGACUGGCUUCAGAUUCAGAAUCUCAUCUUUACAACCGAUGACUUCCUCAAGAAGGUCUCCAGCAAGGAUCUCUUUCUGUUCGUGAUUGGCAUCGACCUUGAAAACAUUCUGGCAGGAGAGAACCCAAAAGACGUUCACUUGCUCCUUGGACUUGGUCACAACAAACGACAGAUAACGGAUCUAUUUCCCAACGAAUUUCUACACGGCGAGCUGAAAAAGGCGCUGAACAGCUCAUUGACAUAUGGCGGCACGCUGGAGUUGAUGAAAUCUGUGUUCAAGAUUGCUACAGCCAAUACGACUAUCCAUCUUCAUCUUGACGGCCUUCUCCGUCCGGGCUCUGGCGAAGGAGAGAUAAGCGUUUCCCCCCAUGUUUUCGUCGAGGCAGAGAAUGGCAUCCCACGGUCUAUGUUUCUGUCUACGCACGACUUGACGAUGCCCGCGCGAGACCUAGAUUUUAGCCAUGCAUCCCCAAGAACCACAUCAAAAAGUGGAAAAACUAUCAGUGCAUUUUUUGCGGAACUUCCAGACGAUCUCUGCCCCGACAACAUCAGAAGCUGGAUUUACAGGAAAUAG